UGUCGUCACCAUGAAAGCGGUUCUCUGCGCGAUUUUCGUCACUCUGCUGGCCACUUUGGGUCGUGGUCUGCCCACCUUGAAGGAGGAUGGCCCUCAGGGAUCCUUUGCCGGCCAGGUUUCCCAGCAGAUUGCUCUGCAGCUGCUGAAGUUCAACAAGGACAUCGAUGCCAACCAGGUGCAUUCCCCUCUAGGAGUCGCCUCCAUCCUGGCCGUUUUGGCAGAGGCUUCUGAGGGGGAUACCUAUGCGGAGUUCCAGCAGGUCUUUGGUUAUCCCAAGGAUCGGGAUCAGCUGAGGGAGGCCUACAAGAGGAUUCUGGGAAGCUAUCAGAACAGGGAUGCUGCCGUGGCCCUUCCAUCUUUCCAGACCUGGCUGUACAUCUACAGGAAUCAUAGUGUUAAGGAGAACUUUAAGGAUAUCCUCGAGAAACACUACUUUGUGGAUGUGAAGGAUAUCAACAGGCAGGAAUACGAUUGGAAUGAACCCAACACUUCACUGCAGCUCUCCGAGGAAAAGGAUAAUACCGAUUCCACAGAGGGAAGCACCGAACAAAGCAACAGCAAGGAUGUGAUUGGUUUCGAAACCCUGAAGAGGAUCAACCUGGAUGACGAGGACAUCCCUGCUAUUCCAGCUGAUGGCUAUGGCCAGGAAAUCAUCGACAAAGAGGCCUCCAAGUUCGAUCGCGACAUAGAUGACAAGCAGUAUGUGGAAAAACCAGUUGCCCAGGCUGAGGCCGAGUUGCUGCAAAGAGAACAAGAAGCCUUUACCACAGAAUCGGAGGCCCAGAACGAGGAAACCACCACUUUGGCUGGUGCUGUGGAAAAACAGGAAAAACCAGACAUGGCAGCCGAGGAAAAUCCAGCCGAGAAGCAGCAGAACAAGCGCAGCGACCAGGAGGAGAGCAGCCAGUUAAAGAACCUGGAGGAGAACGAGACGGUGCAGGAGGCGGAGAAGCUGGCCAAGAUCGGUGAGGCUCCGUUGGUGACCGCCGGUGAACCCGAGAAGGUGCGUCUGCCCCUCCAGAAGCUGGAAAAUGCCGUCAAGACGGUGGCCAAGGAUGGCGCCGACGAGAUUAUGCUCGCUUUAGAGUCGCACUUGGCUUCUGUUAGCAGGGUCUAUGGAGCCCGCAGUUUGUUCCGCCAGGACGACAUUGCCUCCGCCUUGAGUGCCAAUUCCAUCACGGGUCGCUCGGUGGGAUCCAAGUCCAAGAUGCUUCUGUUCAAUGGACUCUACUACCGCGGCAGCUGGGCGACUCCGUUUUACCAACUGAGGGACGGCAGCGAUGAGUUCUUCUUCAUGACCAACGAGGAUGCCAUGAAGGCACCGAUGAUGCAUGCCCGUGGCAAGUUCCAGGUGGCGGAUUUGCCCCAAGUCAAGGCUCGAGUUCUCAGUCUGCCCUAUGAGACGUCCCGCUACUCGCUGUGUAUUGUUUUACCCGAUGAGACGGAGGGUCUGAGCGAUGUGAUAUCGAAGCUGGAGACCAGUGAUUUCCUUUUAGCUCAAAAGCAGUUCCAAAUGAAGGAUCUCCAUGUGUCGCUGCCCAAGUUCCAGGUGGAGGAGACUUCCCGCUCGGAGGCGAUGCUCAAGCAGAUGGGUCUGAAGAAGGUCUUCUCGAGGACCGAAGCUCAGUUGGGUCUGCUUUCCGAGGAUUCCGACAUUCACGUCGAUGAGAUUGUGCAGUUUGUGAAUGUCCGCGUGGAUGAAGGUGGAAGUAGUGCCAAUUCCCUAUCGGCAGCCACCAUGCAGGCCAGGAAUCCCUCUCCCAGCCUGGAAUCCACCAUCUUGCCUGUUCCUGAACCCGAACCCGAACAGCCAGGCGUGGAACGCUUUGAAAUCAAUCGUCCCUUCGCCUAUUUCAUCGUCGACUGCCAGGAGCAAUUCGUCCUGGCCUCGGGUAAAAUCUACACGCCCGAGUUUAAGGAGGAUCUGCCCUCGGUUUCCGUCGAAGUCGAGCUGGAGCAGUCUUAGUCAUAAGUUUCGUAACGAAUUUUCACCGAUCCAUGCAAUAAACGUGCACACUUCAUUUUCACAAAAAGUAGAAACAACCGAAAAGCAAACUUUCCCAGCGCAAU